AUGGCGUCGUACGGCCAUGCGGCGCCCCCCACGGCGCCCCGGCCCGCAAAUUACGGCGCUGCCUACGCGGGCCCCGCGCCCGUGGCCGCUGGUGGCGCCCCAGCCGGCACCUUUUCCCCCGGCACCAAGAUCCAGGUCGGGAACCACCGCGUGGUGAUCCAGAAAUACCUCUCCGAAGGCGGGUUUGCCCAUGUCUACCUGGUCAAACUGCCGUCCCCCGUCAACGGGACCAACGAGGCCGUGCUGAAGCGGGUGGCCGUUCCGGAUAAGGAGUCGCUGCGGGGGAUGCGCACCGAGGUGGAGACUAUGAAGAGGCUCAAGGGACACCGCGCUAUUGUGACUUAUAUCGACUCGCAUGCUUCGGAGCUGCGUGGGGGCGGUUAUGAGGUUUUCUUGCUGAUGGAGUUUUGCAACGGUGGUGGGCUGAUCGACUUUAUGAAUACACGCCUGCAGCACCGCCUGACGGAGCCCGAGAUCUUGCACAUCUUUGCUGAUGUUGCUGAGGGGGUUGCAUGCAUGCAUUACCUCCGACCGUCGCUGCUGCAUCGCGAUUUGAAGGUUGAGAACGUACUGAUCACGGUGACCGGGUCCACGAGAAAGUUCAAGCUUUGCGACUUUGGGUCUGCUGCGGCCCCGCGGCCUGCGCCCACGACUCCGGCCGAAUGCCGCGCCACGGACGAGGACGUGCAAAAACAUACCACGAUGCAAUACAGGAGCCCGGAGAUGGUGGAUGUUUAUCGGAAGUUGCCUAUCGACGAAAAAUCGGAUAUUUGGGCGCUUGGUGUGUUGUUGUACAAGCUGUGCUACUACACUACACCGUUUGAAGAGCAGGGCCAGCUUGCGAUUCUGAACGCGAGCUACAGGUUUCCGAGUCACCCUGUCUUUUCUGACAGGUUAAAGGGACUUAUUGCUUGGAUGUUGCGCGAGAGCCCACAGGCUAGACCCAAUAUCUACCAGGUUCUUCGGGAAGCUUGCGCAAUGCAAAACCGGGAGCCGCCGGUGAAAGAUGUGAGCUCCCUAUGGAAUGGCCGCCCUACUGGGACUGUACUGACACUUCCUUCACAGAUUUACUCGAGCAAGGCACCGGCAGAUGCUCACCGACGCGACCAACCCCUGCCCGACCCUCACGCAGCGAAAUCCCCCCCGACCGUCGGCGCUGUCUUUUCGCCUCAGAUAACCCAACAGCAGCAAGUCAUACCCGAGGUCGAGCGCAUGAGGCGGGGUAGAGUGCCGUCGCAGCAGCAGCAGCCACAUAAGCCCUCGCCGUCGCCGGGCGCGAUCACGGACGGGGACCCUUUUGCGGCGCUCGAUGCGCGGGCUGGGAUCAAGGGCGGAGACGAGCUGUCGUCAAAAUUCCCAACCCUCGACCAGUUCUCGCUUCUCCAUGACAAAGGACAGAAGUUUGAAUUUGAUGAUUUCGCUCCCAACUCUCCACAGCUACCGAAGCCCGUAUCCCAGGGAGCGGCCCAAAGAGUGGCGGACGAGGCCAUCCAGACGAAACCUUCCCCGGCUUCGGCGCCGACUGUGACGGCUCCAAGACAGCCGACGGGCUUGGGGGCCCAACAGCCGGUCAUGUCUCCGCCCCUUAAAUCCGCCACGGCUCCUCCCCCUAGACAACCCGAAGUUAGCCGUGCAUCGACCAUCAUCUCCAACACUCCCGAGCUGAAGGCGCUCGCGUCACCGACUCCCCAGGAACGCCCCAAGCCAGUCAUGGUGUCCAUUGGAACCAUGACAUCACCAUCACUAGACCAAGGGACUCCGUAUCAGAUCCACCGUUUCCCGCCUAACGACCGUAAUCGUGCGGCUAGCGUCCCCCGGCCGCCUGCAACAGGCCCGAACCCUCCGCAUCUGGGCGAGACUGGGGCUACACGGACACCCUCCUACCAAGGCGUGCCCCCCCAGCAAGCGCCACAUGUGAGGUACCCAUCCUCAUCACGACCGUCGCUGGAAGGUGGCCGGCCGAACUUGGAUCAGUUGGAUCCCACAGGGCAACGGUCGCGGCUGGUUGCGAGACCGCGGCCCGUCAGCACCCACAUGGAGUCUAACCUCGACUUCUUGCGGGAACAAGAGUCCAGGUCCAAGUCCCCCGCUUUGCCGUCGCCAAGGCGUUCGUUGGAAAAGAGUCAACCCCCAAGCCCAGACGAGGAUUCGGGCAACAUCGAGUCGAACGUCGACUUCCUCCGCUCUAUGGAGGAUGCGGAUCCAAGGAAGAAAGAGAAACAUCACACCAAGCGCGGCAGCCUUUCGUCUCUUGGCGCUGGCACCAAGAACAUCCUCGCGGGCAAGUUUGGCGAUGCCUUCAAGCGCUUCGAAGGGAAUGCCGCGCCCCCCGCCCCAGCACGCACUCCUUCCCCGCUAAAAGAGCUCGACCGCCACGACCGCCACAAUCUCACGCCCAUCGCCGGCUCGGAAGCCCUCGACGGACGCAGCGACGAUGGCCAAUCCCCGACCUGGGACGAGAUGACCCCGGAAAUGCGCCGCGAGGAAGAAGCCCGUAUGCUCGCGCAGGAGGAAGCCCGAGUCGCAGCCGCCCAGGCCGAGUACCGCCAACGCGUAGGCCAACGCACAGGCGGGGGCAGCAGCGGCGGUGGUGCCGGCGGCGGCGGCCCGCCCGUUCCGCCGCCCAAGAGCAUCGGGGGCGUCUCGCGUGUGGCUUCGAUCCAGAACAAAGUCCAGAGUUUGAUCGAUGAGAGCAACCGCUCGUCAACCACGGUUCCGCGCACCGCGCAGGGCUAUGGCCAUUACUCGGACGCCGCGGCCGUUUCUUCGAAUCCCUCUCCUACCUCUGCGAAGCCGGGGAACGAUGGCGGGAAGCCGGUUGUGCCGCGGAAAACGGUUGGUGGGCAACUUACUGGGAGCCAACAACAACAGCAGCAACAGCAGCAACAACGCGGUCCACCGGCUCCUACCGGUGCCGGCAGCCCAGUCGUCGAUCCCUCCAUAACAGGCCGAACCUCAACCCCCGCGUUCACAGGUGGAAACCGGCCCGCAGCCCCUCCCAAACCAACCCAUCUCAACAAACCGCUAACCACCGGCGGAGGCGUAGGCGCUCGACCACCAUCGCCCAUAAAACACCAACCCUCCUUCACCAACCCCAUCCCGCGGACCAGCAGCAGCAGCAGCAGCAGCGGGAUCGCGGCCGGGAAGAUCCGGGGGUCUGCUGCUGCCGCGGCUGCUGGGGGUGCUGGGAGUGAGAGCACAGAGGCACUGUUGGCGGUGGAUUUGCCUGGCGGGGGUGGGUCUGCGUUGUUGAAUAUGACGGCGGCGGAGAAGGAUGAUUAUAUAAAUGAUUUCCAGAAGCGGUUUCCGAGUUUGGGGGCGAUUGAGAUGGUGGAGAGGGAUUUGGCUGCUGAGGAGGGUCGGAGGUAA